CUUCCUGUUACGGGAACCUUGGAACUGCGUUUCAAUUACUUGGAGAAUAUCAAAAGGCAGAAAAAUAUUACGAGAAUGCCCUUGCCAUCAAAAGCGAAAUCGGUGAUAGAGAAGGAAAACGAUCUAAUUACGGAAAUCUAGGAACUCUGUUUUAUUCAAUUGGAGAAUAUCAGAAGGCAAAAGAAUAUUUCGAGAAAACACUUGCCAUUAGUAUCCUAGGAAAUUGUCAGUUGGAGAAUUACAUCAGGCCAAAACAUGUCACGAGGACGCAAUUGCCAUUCAUAAAGAAAUUGGUGUUAAAAAACUCAUACUCUUAUGAGAACCUUGGAGCUGUGUUUCAGUCAGUCGGGGACUACCAGAAGGCGAAAGAAUAUUACGAAAAAGCGCUUACCAUGUGUAAAGAAAUUGGUGACAGACAAGGAAUAGCCGACUCUUACAGAAGCCUUGGAACCGUCCUUCAGUCAGUUGGAGAAUAUCAGAAAGUAAAGGAAUAUCACGAAACUACACUUGUCAUCACUAAGGAAAUUGGUGACAAAAACGGAGAAGCUUCCUCCUACGGAAACCUUGGUGCUGUGUUUUACUUUAUUGGAGAAUAUCAGAAAGCGAAAGAAUAUCACGAAGAAGCACUGGUAAUCAGUAAAGAAAUUUUUGACAGGGAAGGAGAAGCUAACUCUUACGGAAACCUUGGAGCUGUGUUUCAAUUAGCUGCAGAAUACCAGAAAGCGAUAGAAUAUCACGAGGAAGCACUUGUCAUCAGUAAAGAAAUUGGUGAUAAACAGGGAGAGGCUUCCUCUAACGGAAACCUUGGAACUGCGUUUCAAUCAGUUGGCGAAUACAAGAGGGCAAAGGAACAUUACGAGAAAGCCCUUGCCAUCAGCAAAGACAACUGUAACAGAACAGGAGAAUUAACAGGUUAUGCAAAUCUAGGAACCCUGUUUUAUUCAGUUGGAGAACAUCAGAAGGCGAAAGAAUAUCUCAAAGAGGCACUUGCCAUUAGCAAAGAAAUUGGUGACAGACAAGCAAUAGCUAACUGUUACGGAAACCUUGGAGUAGUGCUUCAAUCAGUUGGAGAAUAUCAGAAGGCGAAAGAAUAUAUCGAGAACGCACUUGCCAUCAGCAAAGAAAUUGGUGACAGAAGAGGAGAAGGCAACUCGAACGGAAACCUUGGUUUUAUGUUUUACAUUGUUGGGGAAUAUCAGAAAGCGAGAGAAUAUAACGAACAGGCACUUGCCAUCAGUAAAGAAAUUGGUGAUAGACGGGGAGAAGGAACUUAUUACAACAACCUUGCAAUUGUGUCAGGUAACGCAUUUGGAGAUUAUGAGAGGGUGACGGAAUAUUUCGAGGAAGCACUUGUUCUCAGAAAGGAAACUGGCGAAAAAAAAAAGGAGAGCGCCGUUCCUACGGAAACCUUGGAACUGUAUUUCUAUUAA